UCUCUCUCGUACUUGUCAGCUUCUGUUCAGGUGGCUUGCUCCUGCAGUCUUUUAAAAGCUCCUAACUGUGAUACAGUGUUUACUGUUUAGUAAUUUUAAAAGUAGUGCGAGACUGUUUAAAACAUGCUUAUGGACUUGGAAGAACCAACAACAUUCAUUACAUCUUUCUCUAAACAUGUUCAUCUCCACUUCAAUGACGAAGCUGCGUCCACAGUGCUGCCAGCAACACGUGCAUUUGACUAUGACCUUGUGAAACCGAUCAUCCGGGCAUUUGAUUUUGAUCGUGACGUGAUAACGUUCAUGACAACUAACGGUGAAAAAUGUCCGCCGGGUCCGCCCGGCCCUCCUGGAGGCCCACCUGGACCUCCAGUAGCCCAGGGACCCACGGGUGCGCGCCCACCUAUGCCCCCACAGGCUCUGGCCCCUGUGUUGCCUUCACCGCCACAGCCGCCAGAGUUCACAUGUCCUCCACGGCCCAACCACGGCACAGAGGGACGCCCUAUCCUGCUGAGGGCGAACCAUUUCCAGAUCCGCAUGCCCCGCGGCCAUAUACACCAUUAUGACGUUAGCAUAGUGCCGGACAAAUGCCCUAGACGAGUGAACAGGGAAAUCAUCGAAACGAUGGUUCAAGUCGACACAAAGAAGAUAUUCAUUGGUCAGAAGCCAGUAUUUGACGGAAGGAAGAACAUGUACACACGCGACCCACUGCCAAUUGGCAGAGACAAGAUUGAACUCGAGGUGACAUUACCAGGUGAGGGGAAGGACAGAGUCUUCAAAACAUCUCUCAAGUGGGUGGUACAGGUUAGCCUGUAUGCCUUAGAGGAAGCUCUGGAGGGUCGCACACGAACUAUUCCCUAUGAUGCCAUUCAAGCUCUGGACGUCGUCAUGAGGCAUCUACCUAGUAUGACGUACACCCCAGUGGGUCGAUCCUUUUUCUCCCAACCCGAGGGUUAUUACCACCCCCUUGGUGGUGGUCGAGAGGUGUGGUUUGGAUUUCAUCAAAGUGUCCGCCCUUCGCAGUGGAAGAUGAUGCUGAAUAUUGAUGUGUCUGCCACGGCCUUUUAUAAGGCGCAACCUGUGAUAGAGUUUAUGUGUGAAGUGCUAGAUAUCAAGGACAUCAGUGAGCAAAAGAGACCCCUUACCGACUCACAACGGGUCAAAUUCACCAAAGAGAUCAAGGGCCUCAAGAUCGAAAUCACUCACUGUGGACAGAUGAAAAGGAAGUACAGGGUGUGCAAUGUGACAAGAAGGCCUGCUCAAACGCAGACGUUCCCACUGCAGCUGGAAUCUGGACAGACAGUGGAGUGCACUGUGGCUAAAUACUUCUUGGACAAGCACAGAAAGCGCCUGCUUUACCCACACUUGCCCUGCCUGCAGGUGGGCCAAGAACACAGGCACACAUAUCUCCCACUAGAGGUGUGUAACAUCGUUGGCGGCCAGCGCUGCAUUAAGAAGCUGACCGACAUGCAAACAUCAACUAUGAUCAAGGCAACAGCGCGCUCGGCUCCUGAUCGUGAGAAAGAAAUAAACAAUUUGGUUCACAAAGUUAAUUUCAAUGAGGACCCAUACAUGCAAGAGUUUGGCAUUAGUAUCAAUAGUACGAUGACGGAAGUCAAAGGGCGUGUACUUCCACCACCAAAAAUUCAGUAUGGUGGGCGGGUGUGCAAAGCUGACUUCAAUGUCGACACCUACGUGCAAGACUUUGGGAUUAUAGUCAGUAGUGAAAUGGCGGAGGUGCAAGGCCGAGUGUUGCCACCACCAAAGCUGCAGUACGGCGGCAAGUCUGGAUUCCAGACAAAGCAGCAGGCCAUCCCUAAUCAGGGGGUGUGGGAUAUGAGAGGUAAAGAGUUUCACACUGGAGUGGAGAUUCGCACCUGGGCCAUCGCAUGCUUUGCGCCACAGCGCACAUGCAGAGAGGAGGCACUGAGGAACUUCACCGCACAGCUGCAGAAGAUCAGCAACGAUGCGGGCAUGCCGAUCCUCGGCCAGCCCGUCUUCUGCAAGUACGCGACGGGGCCGGAGCAGGUCGAGCCGAUGUUCCGCUACCUGAAGAACCAGUUCCCCGGCCUGCAGCUCGUCGUCGUCGUGCUGCCGGGCAAGACUCCCGUCUACGCUGAGGUGAAGAGGGUAGGUGAUACUGUGCUGGGUAUGGCCACUCAGUGUGUACAAGCCAAGAAUGUCAACAAGACAUCGCCACAGACGCUGUCAAAUCUGUGCCUCAAGAUCAACGUGAAACUCGGUGGCGUCAACAACAUUCUUGUACCAAGCAUUCGUCCUCGAGUGUUUAAUGAGCCAGUGAUCUUCCUGGGAGCAGACGUGACCCAUCCACCUGCUGGCGACACCAAGAAGCCAUCGAUUGCGGCACUAGUGGGCAGCAUGGAUGCACACCCUAGCAGAUAUGCGGCCACCGUGCGCGUGCAGCAUCAUAGGCAGGAGAUCAUCCAGGAUCUGGCAUCAAUGGUGAAGGAGUUGCUUGUUCAGUUCUACAAGGCCACAAGGUUCAAGCCUACACGUAUUGUCUUCUACAGGGACGGAGUCAGUGAAGGCCAGUUUAUGCAGGUUCUUCAGCAUGAGCUGCGAGCAGUGCGGCAGGCCUGCAUGUUGCUGGAGGUCGGCUAUCAGCCGGGCAUCACGUUCAUCGUCGUGCAGAAGCGCCAUCACACACGACUGUUCUGCGCAGACAAGCGGGAGCAGAUUGGUCGCAGUGGAAACAUACCUGCGGGCACGACGGUGGAUGUGGGGAUCACCCAUCCAACAGAGUUUGACUUCUAUCUCUGCAGUCAUGCUGGUAUACAGGGAACGAGUAGGCCGUCACAUUAUCACGUGCUGUGGGAUGACAACCACUUCUCAGCUGAUGAACUGCAGCAGCUCACCUAUCAGCUGUGUCACACAUACGUGCGCUGCACGCGCAGCGUCUCCAUUCCAGCUCCAGCCUACUACGCCCACCUGGUAGCAUUCAGAGCACGAUAUCACCUUGUGGAGAAGGAGCACGACAGCUCCAAGUAUUCGCCAGGAUACAGCUCUGAAGAUGCAUCUGAGUUUGGGGAAGGUAGCCAUCAGUCGGGAAGCAGUGAGGACCGGACACCGGCAUCGAUGGCACGUGCCGUGCAGGUGCACGUUGACGCUGGCAAGGUGAUGUACUUUGCCUGAAGUGCUUCAGCCGGCCCCUAGCGACUCCUGCAUGGAGCGCAGAUAUACGAUGCGCGGAGAGAGCGUGCGAAAUCCAUAUCUGACGACACGGACGGAUGAAGCAGCAAGAAUUGGUAUUGUGACCUGAGUGUUGUGAGUGAGGAAUGUGUGUGUGUUAUGGUGUGCAUUGUUGGUCGACUGCCGUUUUAAAAAUGAAAUUUGGCAUCUUAAUUCCACAUGUUGUAUAUGUAUGUGAUAGUUUGUGUGUACUGGGUUAGGAGAAUGCAAUAAACGGGGUUGAAAACUGUGGGAUUGCCCGAAACUCCCAUAUUUUAUUCAGUUUCCGAAAGCGAACCCUAACCCCUUUAGCAGUUUUUCACUAUUUUUCAAUAAUCAUAUAUCAUGAGGCCUGUACUUUCUCUCCUUGGCCUUUAGUCUCCUCUCUGGUGCAUGUUGGCAUUCCUUGUACUCUGGGAGCUCAAAUAGGCAAACGUGAUAUGGUCAAACUGUGGUCAGCGUGUCAACGAUUUAUCUUGCCGAAUCCUAACGAUCAUAGACAAUGUGGCAGACUCCCAUUCACGACGGAUGCACCAAAUUCUCUCAAUGUGCAACCAGUCUACAAAUUCAAGAGAUGAAAUCCAGUGCGAUGCAAUCCAAUCCAAUUGCCAAUGCAUUUAAAUCUGUGGAAAUCGCUUAGCAGUAAAACUGACACACUCUUUUUGACAUUCUGAGAGGAGUCAAAGCUGCAAGGUCAAGGUCGGUCAAGGAUCGGUAAUAUAGUUGUUUAGAUCUGAUCUCUGCAGAAAAAUGGCUGUGAAGAGUUUUAAGUAUUUUAUUUUAUCACAUCCUAUGAUCAUGAAGUGCUGUCUUUGACUCUACAAUCAAGUUCCGUAUCGAAGGCUGUGACCUCUACUUGACCUCAAAUGUUCCCCACUGUCUUGUAAUGGUAAUAAUGGAGAAGGUAUUAAUAUAAACAGAGACUGAUAUUAUUUUUACUAUAAAAGAUCGGUUGUAAGGAUGUCCAUGAGACAUGAAUACUGUGCGCAAAGUGAUGUUGAGCGAUUAUGGGUAGGAAUAGAUUACUGAUGGCACAAUGUCUUAGGCCUGCCAUAUUACUGUAGUCAUUGUGGACCAUUUGUUUUAAUGUCACGUCGGGAUCGCGUAUAAGGUGAACAAUGCCUGCAGUGCCAUCAGAAAUAUGUAGCAGAUUCUAGACCACUGAAGGUUUUAAUAACUCUUUUGACAUCGGCAUUGCUUAAAGGAGUUUUUUGUGUAGGUGUGUGGAGAGCUGUAGCCAGCUGGUUACUUCAAUUACCAUUCAGGCGUGGCUCUAGCACCUGUGUGUGAUCUCGUGUAUGAAUCAUUGUAAUGAAGUAAUUGCCUAGUUUGUAGUCGAUGGCAAGAUGUUGAAAAUUAUAAUUUUGUGCACGUUAGUGUAAUGUAUCUUGUGUGUGUGUGCGUGCGUGCGUGCGUGCGUGCGUGCGUGCGUGCGUGCGUGCGUGCGUGCGUGAGUGUGAGUGUGAGUGUGAGUGUGAGUGUGAGUGUGAGUGUGAGUGUGAGUGUGAGUGUGAGUGUGAGUGUGAGUGUGAGUGUGAGUGCGUGUGCGUGCAUGUGUGUGUGUGUAAAUGCGUGCAAGGCUGUCUCGUGGUGGCUUGAGCUUCACGAAACGGUAGCUAACGUGUUUCAUGCAGUUAAUGUGGGCUGUUUGCCCAACAUUUCCCCACUCCGAACAACCCCCCCCCCCCUAUUCCUCAAACCGAACGGAUUAGUAAUCGUAGUAAUCUCGUCUAAUCGACGAAAGUAGUCUCGUCAAUAAUCAAGCGUGUGAGCGUAUCUGCGUCUAAAGAGUUGCAUUUCAUUGUAAAAAUACAGGUAUAUAUAUAUACAAUCCAGUACAGUGUCACUUGCUAGCUGUGCGAACCCGUAACAAGCCAUAUUUGCAUCGUGAGUGUUCAUGAUAGGUGACUCUGAUCAUAGCCAGGUGAUAGUUUUCGCCUACCGAACAACAUACGAUAGCAAACUGUAUAAAUGAUGAUAAGUAAACGAUUAUGCACUUUGGAAAACUUGGUGGACACUGCAUCGUUGUCAGUCGUAUUUAAACGGUUUGUAGAGACAGGAAAGGUGGAUAAAGCGAGUUCUGCUCAGCGAGCUCUGCAGUGAAGAGCUAGGGCUGUCAGUGCAUGUGUGUUUGGUAGCCAGAUGGUGUCUCCGUUCCUCGAUGCAUUGCACUUUUCGAGAUGCGUCUCAGGCUUGUGGGAGUGCGGACCGCCUCACGAGCUUCUAGGUAACAUUGUUACAUAUCAUGCCUCGAUCGCCACCUGCUCUUACCCCACAUAUCAGUGAUAAGAUCUGACGAUUGUUUUGACAGCAAACGAUAUUUAUACGAUAGUUGAUGUUUUGGUGGGUAAAAUCACGGCGAAUAACUCGUAAUAAACCACUAGUUAAGUAGGAAGAAUCAUAAGACGAACAAGUUUAUUGCUAAUAUAAUGUGUCCAGUAACAAGGAAGUGAUAUAUAUUAUGUAUAUGUAUACAAGAAGGAAUGUGGACGUAGAGCUAUCUAGUCUUGGACGCAUGCACUGUUCUGCCAGUCCCUGUCUGUAUAUCAAGCCAAAAAUUAAAAUGCAUGCAAUCGGUGUUUUUUUCAGUCGGAAGUCUGUUGGUGUUAACUUUGUGCUUUCCCACCAUUAGGCAACGUUGAAAUUGGCCGAAAUUUUCGGAGGUGAAUUAGCCAUGUAAAUCACUUAAUCAAAUUCAAUAAGGCAAGUUAUCAAUUUUACGAAAAGUGUUACUGUUUUAAUUUUGUCGUCCUUCUAAAUUGGCAAUAGAGAGAAGCGCAUUCACUGCUUGCUAUUUAUUCCUGUACUAGGAGACUCAAGUUAUUGAGUGAAGCAUUUAAUUAAUGGGCACCGACCAAAAAGGGAUAGCUGUGCGUUCCACCUUUGAUAAACACCAAGCUGGAAAAUAUUUCCCAUAUUUAUUGAUAUAAAUUUGCUGAUAAUUGUAUAGUUACACGCACUAGCCUAUAAUAUAUCAUUUUAUCAUCAACUUUUAACCCCCUCCCAACGAACUUAAGUGCGUACUCUUUUACGUUGUACAUGUGCGGUUUUAAUUUGGCUGCCUGUGCGCGCAUACUCUAUUGCACCCAACUGUAGUUCGCCACAUGCGCGGAUUCGGGCACGACCAAGCCAGUCAUAGCAUCUCAAAGUAACUACAAAUGAAGUUUAUGUCUCCGAUAUUGUGCCCUCUAUACAAGGUGGAUAGCCCCAGUACUGAAGUCCAGUACAGUAUAGUACUUGAAUGAUGUGCGUGCAGGCUAAUUUUUUUAAAUAAAGACAUAAAUAACAGAACAUACACUAGGAAAACUAGUUUUCGUUUAUUAACAGACUGCUUUAAAUUUAUAAAUUUCCUAACAACGUAAUCACCAGAUCAUGAAAAAUCAUUUCAGAGAUGUCAGUAUUUGCUGAUGCGAUCGAUCAUUCACCAUUUUAUCGAAUAUUACUGAUAUGUACAUCUAAUGUGUGCAUACAGUCGGUAGGUCUUAGUGAUUGGAAUAUAUUUUACACAUGAUUGUCUGGCGGCAUGGUUUGUCUUCAGUGGUUAGUGCAUAUGCCAGAAAUGAAUGUUUUAUCUUGCAUAGCAUAGUCAUGUUUUAGUUUCGUUGUUACAGUCGUUUUAAUAUUGGUGAUGUAUACUAGGUCACACACUAUAACGACAGUUUUUGGUGGCAGAUUUUUUUGGGGGUGACAAUAAUUAUAACGUUUCGCUAUAGAGUUGUGUAAUCAUGCUGUAAAUAAGGAGGCCACAAAAAUUUGUUGUAGAAGAUUUUUUCAGGACCCGUUCAUCGUGACGUAUAUAAUUUCACCGUGAGCAUGUGGUCACGUUCCGAAUUGUCCAUACGAAGUAUGAGAAACGAGCGGGAGAGGUUUGCUUGUCGCCAGUUAGGUGGCGCUGUGUGUUCGUUCCACGUCUAUACGCGCGGAUAGCGACAAAUAACGCGCCGCGAUGAUUUUAGUCGGUAGUGGUGCAUUCUACGCGUGAUAUGUAUAGUAUACCUGGUCACUCCGUUCUGGUGAAUUACACGGGUACUCUGAACAUGCAGUACCCCUGUAAGUUUGCCAGCGGAAACACGUUUGACUUGUGUGUGCCGCUGUGUUAGGAGGAGGUAGACUGUAGUAUGCACCCGAUGUUAUAGCGAGGCUCGAGUAUGGGCGGACUGUUGGAUGAGUAGGCGGAAUGCUGCAUAUCACCUGCGGAUGCUGUGUAUCGUAGGGAUGGAAGGGGGGGGGGUCUCAUAGCACCCAGGUACUGUAUUGUGUGCUUGGACAAUAGGAAUGUGACCAAAUGUUCUCUUUCACAUUUAUAGCCACUGAGUGCUCGUAUAUGCCGUUCGGCAUAUUCCAAUGAAGAGCCGGAUAUUCAUUUCAUUGUCAGUUUUUUCAGUAUUUUUACAUGGCUUAACAGUAAUUUGGAACUGGCCAGCUCAGAUUGAUACGUAUACGCAUCUUCUCAGAAACUAGCGUCUCUCCACGAACCAUGUAGCUUUUAUAUUUGCGAUUGUCUUGAUGUGUUAUUCGGGGGCAAAAUUAUAUACGAUAGGUUGGAUGGUGAGCAUUCCUUCCUUAUUAAAAAUAGCUCGUUACAACGUGAAAUACUGAAAUACGUUAAACACACACGCACGCGCACACGCGUAUUGAUAUAUAUAUAUAUAUAUAUAUAUAUAUAUAUAUAUAUAUAUAUAUAUAUAUACAUACACACACAACUGGUAACAAUAUUGUGCCGUGUAAAUUGGAUCCGACCAGGAUGUCGCAACUCGUACACAAUUAUAAAUAGUCGAGGCGCCACCUACUGCCCUGGCGGGAAGUCUCGAAUGUCCCGACCUCUGUUUGACGUGUUGUUGGUUGAAAGUAGACGCAAUGUUGAUCGUAAUAAAUUAAUAAAUCGAUUGUUCUUAUAUAUUACACAAACACAAUCCACAUAUGAAUGUUUACUGCCUUUGGGAAGUGCGAUUGUCCAGGGUUCAGCCUGGUGGCAAUCGUCAUUUGAGUCCGUCACCGGUAUUUUUGAUCACACACAAAAUUCGUUGAACCUGUUCGUAGUGAUAUUCUACUAUUCUAACAAAACGUGCCUAAAUUAACGAAUCUUUUCGUUUGAUUCUUUUAGCUUAUCCGCGCGCCUAUUCCCAGUUGUAAUUAGUCCGCCCUUUCAUUUCAUCUCUGUCCACUCAAAACCAAUAAAAUCAGCAAUACGCAGAGGCGGGCGGGGUAGAGUUUGCUAUUGAUGGCAACAGAAUUUACGCAAAUAUUGCUAUAUUUGUUACUGGUUAAAGCGUUAGUUAUAGAGCAAUAUCUAUAUGAUCGAUUGUCAAGUGUUGUAAAUUUUGUAGCAAUAUUUCUCGAUUAUUAGCAAUAUAGUUGUAGAACGCAGCGUGCUCUAUCGUUUCGUCCUACUUGUUGUGAAUUUCCCCCCCAUUUUAAUCCAGUGUGUUCUCGAAUGGAAGCGUGCUGUGACAUUGCCACUAUCUGAGUCACAUAAUCAGCGGCGAAGCCCCUCUGUUCCGAAUUGCUGACUGCGCGCAACUGUGGCCUUAUCGUUGCUGUCGCGGUUUACUAGGAGGCGGUCCAUAAAAUGGUACAAUCGCGUGCGAACGCAGAACACGUCGUUACGAACCAGUCGACGUGUCACCGCGUGCAGCUGAAUGGCGCGACGCACGCCAACGUUCUCCACGUGUAAUACUGUCACGGUAACUGUGUUCAUCAACCUGCCCUCUAUGAGUGGGCCUGCUCACAGUCGAGGGCUGCCUUCACCACAGAUCGGUCAUCCCAAAUAUUUAUGACGUGCAGGUUCUGUAUGCACGGAGUGGUCGUUCCGCACGCGUUCCUCUGAUGAGCCGCAGGAACUGUUUGUAAUGGUUGUCUUUAACUUCUUCGUAGUUGAAGACAUAGAUGUUUAGAAAUAAAAUCACCCGUGUAACUGUA